AUGGCACAGGCCCUGAUAGUGGAAAAUAUGCUGCUCCUGUUACUAGCAACACAUCCUGGAAACGAUCGGGAUUCUAAUGCAGGCAUUUUGUGUGUUUCAGUGGUCGAAGGAUUAGCUCUGCUGGACUUAGGGGUCUCUCCAUAUUCUGGAGCUAUUUUCCAUGAGACCCCGCUGAUAAUAUACCUCUUUCACUUCUUGAUUGAAUAUGCUGAGCUGGUGUUCAUGAUAACUGAUGUGCUAACUGCUGUUGCCCUUUACUUGGCCAUCCAGGACUUCAACAAAGUUGUGUUUAAAAAGCAAAAGCUUCUAAUAGAACUGGAUAAAUAUGCACCAGACGUGGCUGAACUCAUCCGGACGCCCAUGGAAAUGCAUUACAUCCCUCUCAAGGUAGCACUAUUCUAUCUCUUAAACCCUUACACUGUGAUGUCUUGUGUGGCAAAGUCUACCUGCACUAUCAACAAUACUGUCAUUGCAUUCUUCAUUUUAGCUACAAUAAAAGGUAGUGCCUUCCUCAGUGCUGUAUUCCUGGCCUUAGCAACCUACCAGUCACUGUACCCUCUCACAUUGUUUGCUCCGGCACUCCUUUACCUUCUACAGCGUCAAUUCAUACCAGUGAAACUGAAAAGUAAAAGCUUCUGGCUCUACACUAUGCAGUAUGCAGCGCUGUACCUGUGCAGCCUGGUGGUGAUCAUCUGCCUCUCCUUCUUCCUCCUCAACUCCUGGGAUUUUAUCCCAUCUGUUUAUGGGUUUAUCCUUUCCGUUCCAGAUCUGACACCCAAUAUUGGCCUUUUCUGGUACUUCUUUGCAGAGAUGUUUGAGCACUUCAGUCUUUUCUUUGUAUGCGUGUUUCAAAUCAACGUGUUCUUCUACACCAUUCCUUUGGCAGUAAAACUAAAGGAACACCCUGUGUUCUUCAUGUUUGUCCAGAUCGCAAUCAUUUCUAUCUUCAAGUCCUAUCCCACUGUGGGAGACAUUGCACUGUACAUGGCCUUCCUUCCAGUCUGGAGCCACCUUUACAGAUUCCUCCGGAACAUCUUCAUUCUGUCUUGUGUGCUCAUUGUCUGCUCCCUCCUGUUCCCCGUUCUCUGGCAUCUCUGGAUUUACGCAGGAAGUGCCAACUCCAAUUUUUAUUAUGCCAUCACGUUGACUUUCAACAUAGGGCAGAUCCUGCUCGUCUCGGAUUAUUUCUAUGCCUUCCUCCGACGAGAGUACUACCUCACUCAUGGACUCUAUUUGACAAGGGAAGAUGGAACAGAGGCCAUGCUUGUUUUGAAGUAAGAAUCAUGUUCACCAUUCCUUGGGAAAUGGACUACGCUAAGGAACAUGCAAAGCUUGGGGUACAUGGGGCGGGUGGGGAAGGUUCGGACUUUGGAUGAGGUCGGACUUUGAGGAUGAUACCUACUGACAGAGCUGAGGAUGUUCUGGGAAUACCCUCUUGAGCUACAACAGUGAACUCGGUGCAGAGACUGUUAAGAGCUGCAAGCAGGAGCCACAAUGCCUCCGUUGGAGCAUCUCCCUUCUUUCCUCAGCCAUGCUUUUUACUGCAACCUCAGCCAUCAGCUCUGAGCAGUCCAGCAGGAACUGGAGGAAGUGCCUGGGCUAAAAACAGGGCUGAAUCUCUGGCCCAGAAAGAGCUGAGAACGUAAUCUGUUUACUCUAUUGUCCUUGCUUCUUGGAAAUGUUUGUUUCUCCUGGAAAUUCCCCCUUCACUGCUUUGACCAGUAGUAGUCCUGUUUGGCACGUGGCAAUCCGCCUAAGCCUUGGCUGCAGUCAACUCAGAUGCCCUUUCUCAGUUCUCAUCCUGUUGUUGGAUCUGGAAAAAACACAUCUGCUCAGGCACAGUGAGAACUUGUGAAACAAAUGGGUGACCCGCUGGAAGGAGGACAGCUUAGGCUGCUGUCAUAGAUUACAGAUAAUAGCUCAUGGUAAAAUCACCAUCUUGGAGCUCGAACUUCUAGUGAGAGCUGGCACUGGGGUGAAAGCAGGCGCAGCACAGGUAUGGGUAGCUGGUGUAUUGCAUUGAAGCAACACAGACAGUUUCAUGUUAGGAGUUGCACAGAAGCAUUACGGGGUCUCAGAAGAAGGAACACUACUGUGGAGAUAGACUCCCACUGUUUCUUAUAUCUGUACAUUACAUAGCUUGGCAGUGCGAACCAGGAGGUGUCAAAAUCUCCUCUUUUAAGAGCAGAGACCAAAUUCAGAAGGAGCCUCAGAUGCCACUUCUGUGGAGUUGUUGAGCUCCAGGUGUUCCACAGCAGCUUAACAAUACAGGAUAUUCCCUCCCCAGUGUCAUCCUCUUGCAAAUACAGUGAUGGUAUCUUGUGGCUGUGCAUAGAGGACUGCACAAAAAAACAGCAUCCCUUGGUUUCCCCCGUUUCUUCCCUUUGUAUACGUUCAGAUCUGCUCACUUAAGAGCUUUUGCUGCUGACCCCAUGAAUGUGACUGACUUAGGGGAACCCAGGCUGGAUUCUUUCUCUGCUGGUUGCAUGUUGGCACUGAGAAGCAUUAGCUUAAACACAGUGUUGGAAACUUUUUCGCUGGUGUCUGGGAAGGAAGCAGCCAGCUUGCCCCACUGAUUGAGCAGUUGAGACACCAAUAUGCCAGGCCCUGCCCUGGCAGUUGUAUAAACAGCUCGAUUUUCGUCUUUUCUUUCUUUCUGGACAAUAAUAACUUUUGCCUUAUUGCACUGCUAUUAGCGCUUUGUCCGAUGAGUGGGUUUACUCUGAGCCCAGCUCUGCCCAUCCUGCACUCAGCUGCUCCUGCCUGGGAAGGCCACACAGCAGCUCUGCACCUUGGUCCGAGGUGGGUGGCACUUGGAGCCAGGGCUGCUCUCGGCUGCCAUGUGCCUGUGGCAUGUCAAAGAGCACAAUAAACUGCAAGUUUUAAAUGCC